CCUUUCCUUGAAUUGUCGAAUUUAUUUUUCAAAACUCCAAAAAUGUUAUGUUAUUUGCGCUGAUUUGUUGAAUAAUCAUGAUGACUCGUUGGCACUGAGAUAACGAUAUACUUCUACGAUUAGGACAUUGAUAUAUACUGAUUACAACAAUGAGUUCUAGACUGGAUAGAUUAUUUAUCCUCUUAGAGAGUGGGACAUCCCAAGUUACACGAAGAUUAGCAGCUAAACAAUUAGGAGAAGUUCAAUCAUUGCAUCCGCAUGAGUUGCAUAAUCUCUUAAAAAGAACUUUAGUGUUGCUUCGUAACUCUAAUUGGGAUACAAGAAUAGCUGCCGCCCAAGCCAUUGAAGCCAUUUUAAAUAGUUUGCCUAGGUGGGAUCCUCCAGGACAAGUGAUUAAGAUCGAAGAAAAGGAUGUUUCUGCUUCAAAUAGACUGAGAUUGGACACAUUCAAUUUAGAAAAAAUAUUGUGCGCUGCUCCAUUGAGUGGAUCUGAAGGAAAAGAAUUUGACUGUGAUGAUGAUAAUAGUAGAGAUAUUAAUGAAACUAUAGCACAUCAACGCCAUCAGCUAAAUUUACGUUUAGGAUUUGGAGAUAACUCUAUAUUAUCUUCGAUUAGUAAUUUAGGAAAUUUAGUGACAAAUGAUGAUUUAAAGCCAUCAAGUUUACCUAGCAAUACUACACAGGAUAGGAAACCUAUUGAUGAAUUGGUUAGCUCAGUUCUUAGUUCUAGGGAAAUUAAUAAGGCUCGGAGAAAAGCAAGGCAAUCUGCAUUUUCAAGAUCUAUCAGCAGUAAUGGUUCUAAACACUCGCUUGAAGAUGAUGAUGAACCUGAGAAGAAGAAAGUUAAAUUAGAAUUGGAUGAAAAUUCAUGUGAGGGUUAUGGAACUCCUGAUGGAAGUGGGAAUUGGAGCGAAACCGUUGAAUGGCCAUUGGAAGGAUUAUGUGAACGUUUAUGGCUUGAAUUAUUUAGUCCAAGGUGGGAGGCUCGACAUGGGGCAGCAACAGGCAUUAGGGAAGUUCUUAAAGCUGCAGGAGAAGGUGCAGGAAAAAAUGCUGAUACAACUAAAGAACAAAUGGAAGAGCAGCAUAAUAUAUGGUUGGAAGAUGCAGCUGUUAGAUUAUUAUGGAUUUUGGCAUUGGAUAGGUUUGGUGAUUUUGUUUCUGAUCAAGUGGUGGCUCCAGUGCGUGAAACAUGUGCACAGGCUUUAGGUCUUAUUGUUAAAGAGAUGAAACCUCCAGAUGUGCAUAGAGUUUUAAAUUUUCUAAUCCAAAUGUUGAGCAGGAAAGAAUGGGAAACUAGGCAUGGUGGUUUACUAGGAAUUAAAUAUAUGCUUGCUGCAAGACAGGAUUUGGUGUCAGAAAUAUUACCUAUCGUCUUUCCACAUAUCCAACUUGGUGUUGGUGAUAGCAUGGACGAUGUUGGUGCUGUAGCUGCCUCUUGUCUUAUUCCAGUAGCUGAUAAAUUAAUGAUGGUUCAUACUGAGCUCUCUCCGCUUGUAACAAAACUUUGGGACUUACUUCUUGAUCAGGAUGAGCUGGCUUCAGCAUGUAAUUCGUUUAUGGGAUUACUAGCUGCUAUUUUAAGUUUACCUGAUGCUGCAGAUUUAUUAAAAACUCAGCCAUUAACAGAAGUUGUUCCUCGAUUAUGGCCAUUUUUAGCUCAUAAUUCAAGUUCUGUGCGAUGUGCAACAUUGCAGACUCUAUUCACUUUAUCACACAAAUCUGUAAACUUUAUAUGGCCAUCAUGUUUACUUCAAGAAGCCUUGAGGCAUAUAUUUCAAAGAGUGUUAAUUGAACAUAUACCUGAAAUCCAAGAUCUUGUUAAGAAGGUUUGGUGCAAUCUUGUUGCAAAUUCAUCUCUCGAUGCACUUCUGCAUGCAGCUUGUCCAUUUUUUGCAUCUUGGCUAUGUAUGGUAAUGCAUCCUGCAAGGGUUCCUUUUGAUCCGUCAACGCUAAUACAUGCUGCAUCACUGAAGAAGAGCAAGUUGGGUGGUUCUGAAAGUAAUUGUUAUAUUGAAACUCAAAAGUAUUUUGUUGGAGGAAGGGAAUCAACACCACAAAAUAUUAGAGAACAAAAUGUUAUAAGAGCCAGAUGUGUGGCAUCGGAAAUGCUGGGUCAGUUAUCUCAGUACUUGGUGAAACCGUCUCCCGGAGUAGAAUAUCCUCCUGACACCAAUUAUCCUCUGGACACAUUUAUACGUGUCAUGUUGCCAUAUUUGCAAUCACAUUCUGCUUUGCAGAAAUUAGUAGCAAGUUUAGUGUUAGCAGAUUGGUCUAUUCGAGAUAACUCAAGCCGACCAUGUCAUAUAGUAUUGGCAGAAACUUUACAGGCUGCAAUGAAUCAAACAGUUUAUUAUGAUGAGAUAGCUGUUACAUGCACCAGGCUACUUCAAGAGACUAGGGAUUUCAUUGCCAUGCUAAAGCAUUACAAAAUAGAUCUUGGAAUUGAUAACCGUGACGUAAUACCAUUAGAAACAAUUGCUCAAUUUAGCGGUCCCUCUACCCAACAAUUGUUAGUCAAAUGUAAACUCAAACAAAAAGUAUUCGAAUCUUUAGAAGAGAGAAGGAAAAAUAUUUAUGCCUCGGUUACACAGACAACAUCAGAUCAAUUGAUGUUAAAUGUUUCGACAAUGGCUGCAAUUGCAGGUGCUGCUACUCAGCUUCAUUGUUUACCGGUUAAACUUAAUCCUUUAAUAAAACCUUUAAUGGAAUCAUUAAAAAGGGAAACUUUAGAACCGCUACAACAGUUAUCAGCUGAGCAUUUAGCUAUGUUAACUUCUUUAUGUCUGGAAAGAAAUCCAUGUCCAAAUCCAAAAAUUAUCAUGAAUCUUUGUUCUUUUGUUAAAGCUGAUACCGAAUUUACUCCUAAAAUUGGGAUGGAAAAUGAAGUAAACAAUACUAGUCAAGCUCAUGAAAUGAGUGAAGAAAAAAUUAUAAUGUCGUUGGGCAAGUCAGCAUAUGAUGGUAUACUAACUUUAACAAAUCAGCAGCGAGCUAUAGAAAAAGCAGCAUUCAAAAAAAGUAAUGGCGGAACCGGAAGAGGCCCAGGAAGGCCACCGAGUUCUGAUAUUCCAAUCGAAGAAUUAAUUCCAAUUGAGGAUGAGGUAACUUUACAAAAUCGAAUACAGCACAGAGGUGGAGCCUUAGCACUCAAAGCAAUAACUAGACAUUUUGGAGAAAAUCUUCCAAUAAACAUGCCAAAAUUAUGGGAAACUAUACAUGAUAAUUUUCAACAGACAUUUGAUCUUGAAUUGUUUGAUAAAUCUGAUUUUGCAAACAAUAAAGUUAACGCAGAAGCUUUGAUUUCUAGUCUGCAAAUUUUAGAAAUAGUUUGUAGUUCCUUGCAUCCUUCACUACUUCCAAAACUCUUUAACAAUGUUUUACCAAAAUUUUGUAUUCUACUCUCGCACCCAUUCAAAGCUGUUCGACAUAUGGCUGCCAGGGCAAUGGCAGCUUUGGCUGAUUUAGAAGUUUUGCCUGUAAUGGAAGCUGUUGUUGAAAAAGUUAUUCCAAUGCUGAGUGCCAUCGAAAGCAAUGUGAAGCGGCAGGGUGCAUCUGAGCUUAUAGCUUGUGUAGUAGAAACUUUGCAAGUCAGAAUUAUACCUUUUGUUGCAUUAUUGAUUGUCCCUUUAUUAGGACGUAUGAGUGAUCAUGACCAGAGUGUACGUUUGAUGAGCACUCAUAGUUUUGCUCAUUUAAUACAAUUAUUCCCAUUGGAAGGUAGAAAUAUUAAUGAUCUACCAGGAGCAUCACAAAAAUUAAAUUAUAAGUGUAAACAACAUAGAGAAUUUCUAGAACAUCUCUUUCAACCUAAGGACAUACCGGAAUAUAAAGUACCGGUUACAGUAAAGGCAGAACUCAGAAGUUAUCAGCAGGCUGGUGUAAACUGGUUAGCCUUUUUGAAUAAAUAUCGUUUGCAUGGAAUUCUUUGCGACGAUAUGGGUCUUGGUAAAACUUUGCAGUCAAUUUGUAUGCUUGCUGGUGAUAAUUAUGCUAGGGAGCAAAUGUAUAAAGAAACCGGUGCUCCAGACUGUUCUCCAUUACCAAAUUUAGUAAUAUGUCCACCAACUUUGACCGGUCAUUGGGUUUACGAAGUGAAGAAAUUUCUGCCAUCAAAUUGUUUGAGACCAUUGCAAUAUGCUGGUCCACCAGUAGAAAGAGAAGCACUUCGGCCGAGAUUUAAACAUUACAACUUAAUUGUGGCAUCCUACGAUAUUGUUCGAAAGGAUAUUAAUUUUUUCAGCAGUAUCAAGUGGAAUUAUUGUAUAUUAGAUGAAGGUCAUAUAAUAAAAAAUGGUAAAACAAAGGCAUCUAAAGCAGUGAAACAACUAGUUGCUAAUCACAGACUUAUAUUAUCCGGAACACCAAUCCAAAACAAUGUGUUGGAAUUGUGGUCAUUGUUUGACUUUCUGAUGCCUGGUUUCUUGGGUACUGAAAAACAAUUUAAUGCAAAAUACAGUCGACCUAUACUGGCAUCUAGGGAUCCCAAAAGUUCUUCGAAAGAGCAAGAAGCAGGAGCUUUGGCAAUGGAAGCUUUACAUAGGCAGGUGCUACCAUUUUUACUGAGAAGAAUGAAACAAGAUGUGCUGGAAGAUCUCCCACCGAAAAUAACUCAGGAUUAUUAUUGUGAUCUCAGUCCUUUGCAAGAACUUCUUUAUGAAGAUUUUGCUAAAUCACAUUUGGCUCACAGCCUCCAUGAUAAUAUGGAUAGUAAUGCUGCAGGAGAUUCACCUCAUGUGUUCCAAGCGUUGAGAUAUUUACAAAAUGUUUGCAAUCAUCCAAAGUUAGUGUUAGUACCAGGACAUCCACAAUUUGAGAAAGUCAUGAAAGAUUUGUCUACACAGAAAAGUUCAUUGGAUGAUAUUAAUCAUUCAGCAAAACUUCCUGCUCUGAAGCAAUUAUUGUUGGAUUGUGGAAUCGGACACUCAUUAACAAGUCCAAUUAUGGAGAGUUGUGUAAACCAACACAGAGCAUUAGUAUUCUGCCAACUAAAAGCUGUAUUAGAUAUAAUAGAGAAGGAUUUAUUUAAAACACAUAUGCCAGAACUUACAUAUUUAAGAUUGGACGGCAGCAUUGCACCAUCACAACGACACGAAGUAGUUACCAGGUUCAAUAAUGAUCCAUCUAUUGAUGUAUUGUUAUUAACAACACAGGUUGGAGGUCUUGGCUUGAAUCUUACUGGUGCCGACACAGUAAUAUUUGUAGAGCAUGAUUGGAAUCCUAUGAGAGACCUUCAAGCCAUGGAUCGAGCACAUAGAAUUGGACAAAAAAAAGUUGUAAAUGUUUAUCGGCUUAUAACAAGAGCUACUUUAGAAGAAAGGAUUAUGGGAUUGCAAAAAUUCAAGCUGCUCACAGCAAAUACAGUGAUAAGUGGAGAAAAUGCUUCAAUGGAAUCGAUGGGAACUGAUCAGAUACUUGAUUUGUUCUCAUUGUCUACAAAAAAAUCAAAUAGCAUCGAUGGAAAUGAGGAUUUGAUAUCAAAAGAUGGACGCACAUUAACUGCAAAGUCUGUACUCAAGGCAUUGCCAGAUUUAUGGCAAGAAAAAGAGUAUACUGAGGAGUAUGACUUGACACAAUACGUAAACAGUCUUAAUAGAAAAUAGUUACAGAUAAUAGUAGUAGAAAAAAUCAAAGUCAAUAUGACCUAAAAGCAAUUUGAAACGUCAAUUGAAAUUGUAUUUGCCCAAUAUUUAGGAUGAAUACUUUGUUUCAUAAUAAUUAGAACUAUAGCUAUAUACGAACAAAAUGUAUUGUAUAUUGAUGAACAUAUUUGUU